CUAGGUGACGCUAGCUGUCAUCCAUUUCCACUGGGCCAGCAGUCCAGCUUCGCACUCCAUUAUCAGCAAUCUGAGCUGAGAGCAAAAUGGCAAAAUCGGCAAAAUCGUUGGCUGCGUUGGCUGUGAUACAGUGGCUGUGAGGAACGAAUCGGAACAUGAGACUUAACUGUUUACGCAGCCAGCCAAAUAUCGUUUGGUAAAGACUGACUGAUCUCUGCUGUUUCCAGUAACUACUACUCAAAAGGACGCAGGUCUUAAAGUCAGUCCAUUUGUUCGCUUCGUCGUUCAGAAACACUUGGUUCAGGAUAGCACGCAAUCGACGCACUUCAAAAUUCUUGGUUGGCUUGGUAGAGCAUUAACUCGGGACAAAAAUGAGUUCGAAAGAAGGCAAAAAGCGAAAGAAGAACUAUUACUGCGACAUGUCGAAGAAGCGCCACAAGGGCUGCCUCGACAAAGUCGGCGCCGGCAUGAAAGGGUUCCUGGCGACUUUCGAGAGGAGCGAAUUUCACGCCACCAAGGACUGCUACGAGCUCCUGAACGAGUAUGCCGACAAGCUCUGGGGCCCUGAGAAGAAAGACGAGGGGAUCGUAAAGGACGUUGAGGACGAGCUUGCGGACGAAUUGAAGGAGCUGAAGGAGUCGUCGAACCUCCCGAGGCGGUUCAAGAAGAUGAGCACGGAGGUGGCCGGAAACUUCUUCGUCAGCACCACGGUGGACGAGCCGGGCCGGCUCACGACGUCCAUCUUCAGCGACCUGAAGGAGUGCCAGUCGCAGCGCAGCCGCUUCCUUUUGCGUCUGCUUCCCGUGCAACUCACCUGCAAGGCCAACACAGAGGCCAUCCAGAAGGCAGUCAAAACGGUCCUGUCCACGUACGAGGACGACGACCGGACGUUCCUGGUGGCCAAGAAAGUGCGACACAACAAUGACCUCAGUCGCGCUAGCCUGCUCACAGACGUUGUCGAGGCGGUGAGAGCCACCAAGCCCAAGUGGAUCGGUGAACUGCGCCAGCCGGAGCUGGUCAUCAUGCUGGACGUGCAGAAGACGAUUUGCUUCGUGUCCAUCUUGCCGAACUACCUAGAGUUCAAGAAGUAUAACCUUUUGGAGGUCACGAAACCCACGCAGCCGGCAGAUGUCACGAGUUCCGCGGGUGCAAACAUCGCUGCAGAAAACGCGUCUGAAGGUCGGGUUGCGGACGACGCAAAUUCAAAGCGGGACGAAGCUAACGGUUGCCAAGGAGAUGGCGCUGCCAGGGAAGCAAACGGAGGCAAACUUGCAGACGACGAUGUGGACUCGAAGUCAGACGAAGCCAGUGGUUGCAAGGGAGACUGCACUUCUGGAAAGGCAGGCGAAAGCGAGCGAAUUGAAGAUGAUGCUACGGACCCAAAGCCGGACGAAGCCAACCAAUGUCGAGGGAACGACGAAACGACUAGUUCCACGGCUGUAAGUGGGGAAGAGGGCUGAGUUGGGGAUUGCCGACUGAGAAAUAAAAUGAUGAGUAUGUGAAA